AUGACCGCUCGAGUGGAUUUCUCGUUGAUUGCUGCUUUGUUGUAUCUGUUUGGAUACUUGAGCAUCACUCAUGCUAUUCAAAGACGUAACACAGUGGAUGGUUUUUGUCCGGCGACGCUGACGUUUGUGCCGGCCCGUCGAGGAUGUUCUUCUGAUGAAGACUGCCCUGGAGGACACAAAUGCUGUCGAUUUGACUGUGGGCCUGUUUUGAAGCCGGGUCAGUGUCCCCUACCAGAGAUGAUUCCACUGUGUGCUGAAAGCUGUUUCCAUGAUGGCCAGUGUCCUGCCACACAGAAGUGUUGCCCAACCACUGGUGGCUUUGCAUGCAGUGAACCACGUGGACAAGGUCAGGGGCAAGGCCAGGGUCAGGGACAAGGCCAGGGAAGCGGUCAGGGACAAGGCCAGGGUCAGGGACAAGGCCAGGGAAGCGGUCAGGGACAAGGACAAGGUCUGGGACAAGGACAGGGUCAGGGACAAGGCCAGGGAAGCGGUCAGGGGCAAGGCCAGGGUCAGGGACAAGGCCAGGGUCAGGGACAAGGCCAGGGAAGUGGUCAGGGACAAGGCCAGGGUCAGGGACAAGGCCAGGGAAGUGGUCAGGGACAAGGCCAGGGUCAGGGACAAGGCCAGGGAAGUGGUCAGGGACAAGGCCAGGGUCAGGGACAAGGCCAGGGAAGCGGUCUGGGACAGGGACAAGGACAGAGUCAGGGACAAGGCCAGGGAAGCGGACAAGGACAGGGUCAGGGACAAGGCCAGGGAAGCGGUCAGGGACAAGGCCAGGGAAGCGGUCAGGGACAAGGCCAGGGAAGCGGCCAGGGACAGGGUCAGGGAAGUGGUCAGGGUCAGGGACAAGGCCAGGGAAGCGGUCAAGGACAAGGACAGGGCCAGGGUCAGGGACAAGGCCAGGGAAGCGGUCAAGGACAAGGUCAGGGGCAAGGCCAGGGUCAGGGACAAGGCCAGGGAAGUGGUCAGGGACAAGGCCAGGGUCAGGGACAAGGCCAGGGAAGCGGUCUGGGACAAGGACAAGGUCUGGGACAAGGACAGGGUCAGGGACAAGGCUCGGGAAGCAGUCAGGGUCAAGGCCAGGGACAAGGACAAGUCCAGGGAAGGUGUCGGAAGCAGAAGAGGUCAGGGAAGAAUUCAAGAGAAUAG